AUCACACACCACUUCUCAUGUAUAAAUACACAUAAGACCAAUUAGAUUGGUAAAAGGGAAUCUCAAAAGUGUGAUAGAGAGGAGAGAGGAGAGAGGAGAGAGGAGAGAGGAGAGAGGAGAGAGGAGAGAGGAGAGAGAUAAUGGGCAAAGGAAGAGCGCCAUGUUGUGACAAAACCAAAGUGAAGAGAGGACCAUGGAGCCAAGAUGAAGACUUAAAGCUCAUUUCUUUCAUUCACAAGUGUGGUCAUGAGAAUUGGAGAUCUCUCCCAAAACAAGCUGGAUUGUUAAGGUGUGGCAAGAGUUGUCGUCUACGAUGGAUUAAUUACCUCAGACCUGAUGUGAAACGUGGCAAUUUCAGCGCAGAGGAAGAAGAAACCAUCAUUAAACUUCACCAGAGCUUUGGGAACAAGUGGUCAAAGAUUGCUUCUAAACUGCCGGGAAGAACAGACAAUGAGAUCAAGAACGUAUGGCAUACACAUCUCAAGAAAAGAUUGAGCUCGGACACUACUAACCUUAAUACCGCUGAAGCGGGUUCAAAAGGUUCUCUGAACGAAGAAGAGACCUCUCAAGAGUCAUCCCCUAACGCUUCUAUAUCGUCUUUUGCUGGUUCCAACAUUUCAAGCAGAGAAGAAGAUGACGCACAGAUGAUGAGUCAAGCGUUUGAGCAUAUCCAAACUUACGGCGAAUUUACAGGGAUGUUACAAGAGGUAGACAAACCAGAGCUGCUGGAGAUACCUUUUGAGUUAGAUCCUGACAUGUGGAGUUUCAUAGAUGGUUCAGACUCAUUCCAACAACCUGAGAACAGUUGGAGUCAGUCAAGGGCUCCUCAAGAGUAUGAAGAAGAUGAAAUCGAGAAAUGGUUCAAGCAUCUGGAAAGCGAACUCGGUUUAGAAGAAUCAUAUUUAUCAUCAUCACUCUUGAAAGGUUACGAACUCCUGAGAAGGUUCCUUAAAACCAUUGAUAUUUUCCGGGGAACCACCGUUGAGAAACACCGACGAAUUAGAGCUGGCCAGUUUGAGACGCAAAGUCCUGUCUUUUCAGGGCGGCGAAACUCGUUUACUUAGUGGGUUUGUCUCCCGUCAUUCGAAGACGCGACGAUACUCGACAUUGCAAUGUUUGGAAUGGGUGGAAGAAGGAGAAGAAGAAGUAAAAAAAGUUACCAGAUUGAGAGGAUGUUUCUCGCUCUCAGACCAUUGGAACCCGGAAUUAUCUUGUUUCGAUCAAAUUGGUUUCUCUCAAAUCAGUAGAGAAUCUACGGGAAGAGCUGUCCAUGCGCUUUGUGUCAAGGGAUUGGUUCGUCUGAGUGUUCUGCACACCAACACUUUGAUUAAC